AUGAAGAACUCUUUGGUCGCGCUGACGCUGAUCGCUUCGCUGUCUUUAAACCAUGCAACUCCAACUUCUCCUGAAACUGAUGCAGCGCCGACAGUCACUCAUGCCACGGACGCAGUUGAUACCGAAAUCGAAACGACUCCCGAUCCACAGUUGAUAAUAAUUACCACCGAUCCCUCAGCCGGUAAGAGCUCAGAAGCCACUCUGAAACCAUAUAGAUUUCCCGACUGCCUCGGCUUCGACAAUCAAGUGGACCCCUAUUUCAAUCCGUACUUCAGAUUGAAAAUGCAAGAUCCUCUGUUCAGACGUUGGUGGGAAAAUCGCAAAUGUCCAUACAGCGUU